AUGUCCCUCUUCGCCGUUCUACAAGGACUCGCCAACCAAUCAUAUUUGAGGGAUUUUCACUGUCAUUUAAUUGAUAUUGUUCCUAUGCCAGCAUCUUCUCUCAAGUAUCCUCUGCAGAAAUUUUUGUCUUAUGAUAGCUUAUCCCCAGAUUAUAAGAAAUUUGCUCUCAAUGUCUCUGCAUCUUAUGAGCCUCAAUUUUAUCAUCAAGCUGGACCAUUUGCCCACUGGCGUGAGGCCAUGCAGUCUGAGUUGCAAGCCAUGGAAACUAAUUCCACACUUGGUCUAUUGUUCCCUUACCUUUGGGACAUCAUUCUAUUGGAUGUAGCCUUAAUUCAACUAGAUGUCAAUAAUGCUUUUUUGCAUGGUGAUCUAUUUGAGGAGGUCUAUAUGGAUUUACUCUUGGGUUAUAAACACAAUAUGGUUGCUUCUAAGGGGGAGCGCCUCGUUUGUCGCCUUCACAAGUCCGUUUAUGGCCUCAAGCAAGCCUCUCGCCAAUGGUUUGACAAAUUCUCUUGUGCUCUUUUGCAUUUGAGGUUUCAACAAUCUAAAUCUGAUUAUUCCUUAUUCACUAGAGGUGCUGGAGAUACUUUUGUGGCUCUACUUGUAUAUGUAGACGAUAUUAUACUAACUGAGGCUUCUUCUUUGCUUUUGGGGCAGUUAAAGACUCAUCUUGACAGUGUUUUUAAGCUUAAAGACUUGGGAUCCUUGCGAUAUUUUUUGGGUUUGGAACUUGCUCGGUCAUCCUCUGGCAUUCUCUUGUCUCAACGAAAUUAUGCACUUCAUUUAUUUGAAGAUUCUGGUUUGUUAGCUUCUAAACCGGCCACUCUUCCAAUGGAUCCUACUGUUAAGCUUUCUUCCUCUGUUGGCAAGUUGUUGGAUGAUCCUACUGCCUAUCGACGUCUUAUUGGUCGUCUUAUCUAUCUUACCAUUUCGAGGCCCGACAUCACUUUUGUUGUCCAUAAGUUGAGCCAGUAUAUUGCUCAUCUUACUGCUGCUUUUCAUCUUCUUCAAUAUUUGAAAGGCUCACUGGGUCAAGGCAUUUUUUUGAAAAGCUCUACUUCUUUUCAUUUACGUGCCUUCUCUGAUACUGAUUUGGCAUCCUGUUUGGAUUCUCGAAAAUCAACUACAGGGUUUUGUAUCUUCUUGGGCGAUUCUUUGGUCUCAUGGAAGGCUAAAAAGCAAACCACUGUGUCCCGUUCUUCGGCUGAGGCCGAAUACCAAGCGUUGGCUGCUACUACUUCUGAAAUUGUGUGGAUUACUCAUUUAUUGUAGGAGUUACACAUCUCUUUUCAGCCUCCUACUCUCUUAUUUUGUGAUAAUCAGGCUGCUGUCCACGUUGCCACUAAUCCGACUUUUCACGAGCGAACCAAACACAUAAAACUUGACUGCCACUUUGUUCGAGAUAAGAUUGUUUCAGACCUCAUCAAGCUUUUACUGGUUUCCUUCUGCCCCUUCCUCUUCUUUUACUGACUUACUGUCCAAGAUGGGUGUCUUGAAUAUCCACAUUCCAUCUUGAGGGGAAUAUUAGACUUUACUGUUAGUUGUUUUGUUACAGUUAGUUAUGAC